AUGCUGCUUGAUGGCUACAAGCCAGUGAUUAUUCUUGCCCUUACGGCUGUAACUUGGUACUGUUGGCGGAGUCUUUCCGUACGCAUUGAACCAGGGGAACCUCCGAUUCUAAAACCUACAAUACCAUACAUCGGACAUCUUAUUGGAUUAGCAAGAGAUCAGACCUCUUAUAUGGAUAAAUUGAUGCAACAAAGUCAAGUGCUUGCCAAAUACCCAGUGCCAAUUGGCACAUUGCCAAUGAUCAACAACAAAGCAUAUAUUAUCAACUCCCCAUUGCUCAUCCAGAGUGCUCUCCGAUCGAAGGAUCUCUCCUAUGAUCCAUUCAUACAGGACUCCAGUGAAAAAUUGUUCGCGCUUGCCGAUCCAUCCACGAUGAAGAUUUUCAGGGCUCCAGGCACGCUGGAGAAACCGGCUUUGAUGGACGAGUUUAACAAAGAAAUGCAUGGUUCCAUGCUGGGAGAGCAUCUGCACAAGAUGAACCGUGUUGCUCUACUAGGUAUUGCUGCCUCAGUAAAUAAGAUCGGAGAGGCAUUCGAGGCCAAGAGCCUAUACCGUUGGAUCCGGUCAGUGAUGACCAUAGCAACUACGGACUCAUUGCUCGGCUCACAUAAUCCUAUAAAAGCGGACCCAACUCUUGUGGACUUUCUAUGGGACUAUGAAGGAGGUGUUACUUCCCUUCUUAUGGGCAUCCCCAAAUACUGGGCACCCAAAGGAUACGAAGGUCGCGCAGCUGUACAAGGCGCUCUUAUAAAAUACUAUGAAGCAAAAUACGACUUGGAGUCUGAUGUCGCAGAAAUGACAAAAAUGCGGGCGAAAGUGUUCCGCAAACAUGGUAUAACGGACGCAGAGACCGCUAGGCUCGAGAUAGGAUUUCUUCAUGUAGCAGUCUCAAACACAAUUCCCACGUGUUUCUGGCAUUUGUCUUUCAUCGCUUCCUCUCCAGCUCUUACGGCUUCUAUUCGAGACGAACUCAUAGCCAUUACCACGAUCAAUACCCUAGAUUCGGGGAAGAAAGAGGCUGUUAUCGAUAACUCGAGAUUUCUCAGCGAUUGCCCAGUCUUCGUCUCUGCGUAUCGUGAGACCAUACGUCAAAUAAGCUCCCUGGUCAUAUUUCGCCGGAUAAUGCAGGACACUACCAUCUCCGACGGCAAUUCCAACUAUCUUCUCAAAGGAGGGAAGGAUGUGGCGAUAGCUGUGGGAGUUUCUCAUAUGAAUCCUGCCAAUUGGGGUUCUAAUGUUGCCCAAUUUGACGCAGAAAGAUUUCUACACGAAAAAGGAAUGGGAAAGGAGAGAGUGCCAACGAAGGCGUAUUUUCCAUUUAGCGGAGGCAAACAUUUAUGUCCUGGGAUGCACUUUGCGUUUACGGAGAUCCUGGGGACAAGCGCUCCCUUGGUGCUGGGCUUUGACAUAGAAGCGAUUGAUGGGACGACGUUGAAAGUUCCCAAGAUUGGGAGGAGCACUAUGGCAGAAGCAGUAACGAAACCGGAAGGGGAGGGUUUGGAGAUGGGUGCAAAGUUUACGAAGAGGAAAGGAUGGCAAGGUGUGACUUGGAGAUUUACUUUGGCUUAA